CUCGCGGAUUGGCCGGCGGCCGCGCCCCUCACGGCCCGUCUGCUCGCUGAUUGGCGGCGGCCGGGCAGGCAGGAGCGAUGGCGGCGGUGGCGGCCCGGGGCGCGCUGCGCUCGCGCUCCCCGCUGCUGGGCUGGGCGCUGAGGACAUCUCCACGACUGCUCUGUGUGGCGACACAACAGAAAAACCCCGGCCAGAAUGUGGAUGAGGAGCAGAGUCAGAGCCACAACGAGCAGAAGGCUGAAGCCAGCCCCGCUGAAAAAAUGCUAACUGAGGAAAAGGCCAAGCUGGAGGAGCAGCUGAAAGAAGUCACGGACAAGUACAAGCGUGCCUUGGCAGAUGCAGAAAAUGUGAGGCAAAGAAGCCAGAAACUAGUAGAAGAGGCGAAGUUAUAUGGGAUUCAGAGCUUCUGUAAGGACUUACUAGAAGUUGCAGACAUUUUGGAGAAAGCAACAGAAAGUGUUCCAAAAGAAGAAAUUAAGGAUGAAAAUCCUCACCUGAAGAGCUUGUAUGAGGGUCUUGUCAUGACAGAAGUACAGAUUCAGAAAGUGUUCAAAAAACAUGGCCUGCUCAGACUGAAUCCUGUCGGAGCCAAGUUUGAUCCCUACGAACACGAAGCAUUGUUCCACGCUCCCAUGGAGGGGAAGGAGCCGGGCACUAUCGCAUUAGUAUCCAAGAUUGGCUAUAAGCUGCACGGGCGUACGCUGCGGCCUGCCUUGGUGGGUGUUGUGAAAGACGCUUAGCUGCUUAAUCAGAGAAUUUAAAAUGCCAUACAAUUAUUAAACAGCUGGAUGGUUUUUCUCUUACAUCACACUUUCCUUAUUCCCCUGUCCCACAAGAGGUUUCAAUGAAUCCAUUGAGGUCUCCCAGUCAAAAUGAAGCAAACGAUUUUCUGUUGCUUAGUGGUCUUCACCAUCGGUGUUCUUUAAGCUCUCUUCUUUGAAAAAUACUUAAUACAACCAUGGCUACUGACGGUGCAUUACAGUGAAAGGAAGUAAAUGCUCACAGGAACUUUGCAAUCUCACGUUUAUUGCAGCGUAGAUUGAAAGUCCACACGAUGGUUCAAACAGUUCCUUUUGUUUUUUAGAACCUAACAUUGCAGAAGUGGGUGAGGUAAUACAGAUGACCAUUUCUCUGCAAGUAUCCAUCAGCUUUUGCAUGCUGAUGUAUAUGUUCUUUUUUUUAUAGUAUGCCUAUUUAGAAAUAGUCUCUCAACAUCUGAAACUGAACCCUUUGUGACUUCUGACCUGUAAAUAAAAGGCAAUGGAGAGCAGAUGUGCUUUGUAACUGUCCAGCCCUAUUAGUUCUCCAGUGAGGUGACGCAAGAAAACCAUCUAAUACUUGUAUGGCAUUGAAGAACCAAUCAAACUUAUCCUAUCUCUGGAUUUUUAAUUUAAUAUUGUAUAAAUUGGUUUAAACAAUUUUAUAGUCCUGUAACUUCCAAGCUCUACAGUCAGUUUGUUAUGCAAACUGUAGGUAAAACCCUGCUGAAAGAAUACCUAAAGAAGUGAGUAGCCAAGAGUUUGGUACCUACUAUAUUUUAGAAUUACAUAAAUAAUUGCAUGUAAGUUGCUCAAACAAAAAUGUGAACUCUGUUUUCA